GCCUAGUAAUACAAGUUCAUUUUAUAAUGAAAGUAAUAAUAUGGAUGAGGCUUUUCAAGAAAGUAUAGAUAAGAUUUCUCAAGAAAGUGCAGAUAAGGCUUCACAAGAAAGUAUAGAUGAGACUUAUAGUAAAAAUAUAAAUAAGCAUCGAUCCCCUGGUAGUGUUGCAUCAUAUCAAACUUUUACUUAUGAAAUUAUGCAUAAUACAGUCUCUAUGAUAAUUCCAUCGGCAGAACAAGAUCAAAAUAAAAAUAUUACUACUUAUGGUGUUCAUUAUAGCGAGCUUAACAGUGAUCGAAUAAAAUAUAAACAACAAACAAAAAAUUUGUUUGUUAGUGAACAAUCACAAUAUCUUCAAUUAUUGCCACAACAUGCAACGCUUCCUAAUAACUAUGAUAAAACAAAUAAACAAUCGAGUUUAUAUCAAUUAUUAACAGUUAAUGGUAUCGAACCUGAUGUAAAUAAAAAAGUUUAUAUACCUUUAAUUCCUGGUUAUACAAUAUAUACAUAUUAUGAUGUUUAUUUAAAAAUUAGUCUUGAAUGGAACGAAGUUCAACAAAUGAUUUUUUAUAAAUGGAUAGAUUAUGGGGAUAAUUGGAAAUUUAUAACCGAACAAAAAUCUCAAUCUUUACCAGAUAAUUUAAACAGUUUGCGAAAUCAUUUACAAUCAGCUCCAAUUAAAUAUAAAGGUGCAUUAUCAAUGACAUGUGUUCUUGAAUUUAAUUGUAAAGAAAACAAAAAAAAACGUAUUACAAUGAUUAAUUCAGCUAAAAAUAAGGCACGUAAACUAGAAAGUAGUGAAGACAUCCAAGCUGGGCUUCCAAUAAAAGCUGAAGGCUGGAAUACUUCUAGUUCAGUUACUCAAGCAUUAGAAAUUCAACUUCAAGAAGUACGCAAUGAAUUAAAAAAUACUAAAAAAAAAUUACAUCGAUCAUUAGAAACUAUUCAGAAACUAAAUGCAGAUGAAGGAACUAUCAGCGAUGAAAAUAACGAAAAUUCUAAUCUUUCUUCUACUAAUACAAUUCAAUUAAUGGUUAACAACUUAAUUAAAAAUGGAAAAUUAGGAUCAACAAUAUUCGUAAAUACAGACAUAUAUUUAACAUUAAUACUAAACCAACCAUGUCCUAUUUGUUAUACUGCUGAAAUUACUAAUAAAAAGCUCUCGAUAACAGUAAAUGGAUUAGGAAUUAAAAUUAUAAUUAAAUAUCUAAAUUGUAAAGCAACAACGAAACAUAGUAAUGAAUCACCUGAAAUGGAUUUUUCAACAAGUAUAGCUGCAGCAGGAUUAGUUGGUGGUGUAAAUCUUGGAAUUACACGACAAAGUAGUAAAUCACAAUACUUUGCUAAGCAAGAUAAACUAUUUGAUGGCUUUAAAAAUGAAGCAGUUAAUUCAGCUCAAAAAGCAUUACAUAAAGUUCUUGAUAAAUUAAUUGAAAACAAACAAUUUAAUUUAGAAGUUAGUUUUGAUUGCCAAUGGAGUCAUGUUUGUGAAGCACCAGCAGCUAGUGAAAAUGAUCAUAAACCUAUUAUUGGUUUUCAUGUUGCAGAAAAAUCUAGAAAAUAUCAAAAAACUGAUAGACAAGUUGUUACGAUUAAUGAAGGCAACCAUAAUGGUAGUUCUAGUACUAUGGAACAUUCAAUAUUAAUUACCAUUAUUGAACAAAUAUCACCAGUACUCGAAACUUCAGAAAUUGUUUUAGAUGUCAGUAUUGAUGGAGAUUUAAAUAGUAAUAAAACACUUGGCGCUCAAAAAAUUGUUCAUAAAAUUUGUGCCAAUUUAAAGCAUAAAGCAAAAAAUGUUAGAGCAAAAAUAGCUAAAAAUAAUAAAUGGAAAUAUCUUGAAUCACCAAUUAUGAAAUAUUAUGUUCAAUGUGUAUAUGCAGCAACUGCACGUGCUAAUGAUCCUAAUUUACCAACUCCAACCGAACAAGAUCUGUUUAAAAUGCAAACUGAAGGCGUAAUAGCACAUUUGCAAAAUAAUCAUGAUGAUUGUUGGAAUGAAGUUUGUUGGUUUACAGAAAAUCCUGAUAUGAUACUUCCUGAACCAAAUUUAAUACUAUAUACUAAAAGUCAAUGUGAAGCUUUGUUAAAAGACUUAAAACAAUAUAUGAAAUUAACAGGACAAGGAUUAAUAACUACAAUUCGAACAAGUGCAAAUGAAGCAGUAAAUCGUAUUAAAUUAAAUUAUACAGAUAAAAAAACUGAUUACCCCAAAUCUUUUUCUGCUAGACAUGCUCUUGCAGUUCUUCAUAAUAAUGAUGGACUUUUAACUUUGUUAGAAACCAUUCGAAAGGUGGCUAAAUUACCUGAAUUUUUUGAACAAGACAUAGUUAAUAUUAUAAAAAUAUGGAAAAACAGAAAUGAUAAACGUCAAUUAAAUAUUCAUACAAUAAACGAACGAAAUAAAUCUAGAUCAAACAAAUUUGAAGAACAAAAAAAAUGGUUAGAAGGAUUUGAUUAUGAUAAGGAUUUGCUUCCUUAUAAAAUAGGAGUAAAUGACGAAAUGUUAGAACGAAAAUUUCAUUUUGAUAUUUUUGUUAAAUGCAAUGGGUGCUUAUCUUUUCCAAUAAAAUAUCCUGUCGGUUUAUGUUCUAUUUGUGGAUUUUGGGCAAAAUAUGAUAUGAAUAUUUAUAUACCAAUUCAACCCGAUAAUAAUAUAUCCUUGGCCAAAUCUUCAGAUACAGAUAUCUUAGAGGCCGCACUUAAAAAUAUUUUUAAUUUGUCAGAAUAUCGAGAAUAUCAAAGAGAAAGUAUUGAAUCUUUUAUUAAUAGGCAUAAUAUACUUACGAUUUUAAAAACUGGAGGUGGAAAAACAUUAAUAUAUGCUAUUGCAUCUCUUUUAUUCAAAGGAUUAACCGUUGUUUUUACAUCACUAAAGUCUUUAAUGGAUGAUCAACUGGCAACCUUUUAUGCUUUGUCUGAACAACCUCCUGAACUACAAGAAAGAAUUUUGGAGAAUUAG